AUGGCCUGCAAAUUAGAGGACGAAUCAGAAAACGGGUCAGAACCCAAAACGAGUCACGAGUCCGAUAGUAUAAUUUGCAUUUACCUCGGACUAUCAUUUUCUUGCAAGAAGUUGAUUGCUGGAAAAUGGGGGUCCGGGAGCCCGGAGUGCAAAUCUUAUCCCGUCGCAGUCAUCGCACAUGGAGCUCACUGGGACGGAUCUAGGCGAGGGCUGGAGGGGGCUGAAGCCCUCACCAAGAUUUGCCGGAGAAAGCCAAGGAGGAGUCCCGGUGCACUCUUGGAGAAGCAAAUUGUUAUUGUUUGCUCAAAUUUGGGAGUCUUGUCAGCAUCAGUAUUAUUAGUUCUUGCAUUGAUACGCCCCUAUCAGUGGCAUAACCUUCUAAUGCCUGUUUUGCCGAAUGACAUGCUGGACUUUCUUGAUGCACCUGUUCCAUACAUCAUAAGUUCAGUAGGACAUUGGAUUAAGAUAGACACUAUAUCUUCAAGGCUCCUGCUAGCAAAGCUUGUUGGUGAAAGCUACCUAGCCCAAAGAAGACCUGUGUAUGAGUGCACAGAUGUUCAGAUUGAAGCUGCUAAAGGUUUCUUGGCAGUUAUUAGGUUGUAUCUUGAUUCAUUUUGCUCCAAUCUACGAUCCCACACUAUCACAAAUGCGCAAUCUAACAAUGACAAGGUUUCAGUGCUGUUGACAGAUAGUUAUAUGGAUUCUUUUCCAUAUCACGACAGACCUUUUAUGAAGGAUUAA